UAUCAAGGCCAAGGCCGAGGCUGAGUUGUCCAACAACCGGUCAAUCAGCCAUGCCCCCAAACCCUCCGCCACCCGCCAUCUAUACCCUACCUUAGAGAGAAAAACUGAUACUUACUGACUGGCAGGUGCGUCUCUCUCUCUCUCUCAUCAGUUCCACGCUAUUCUUCCAAUCCUUGCCCUAAUCCUCUAUCUCCUCUGAGAUUCAUGGCUUCCAAUUUAACAGAGGAGCCCGCCGUUGAAGCAGAAGUUCCACCUGCAAGCGGUAGAGAACAGACUCCAAAAACGUCUGUUGUGGAGCAAACCCAUGGGGGAAGUUCUGAGGCCAUGGAGGCUGAGGCGGCUAAUGGUUUGAAGCCCUUCACUUUGGAGAAGAUUGACACUUCAAAUGUUGAGAAUGUCACGGUAGAAGAUGGUCUGAAAGCCCGGGGAUCAGUGGGAGAUGAAAUCCAUGCUGAAGAUGCGGAGAUUGAAGGAAUUCGGGGCAAAAAUGGAUCUCCCAGUGAAUGCAGGGAGCCUUGUUCUGAACCCCUGAAUUCGGAGGAAUUCCAUGAUACAAAUCAAGAGAUUAUAUCAGCUGAAGAUCAUCUUAAAACCCUAAGUUUUGCAGAGAACCAAGUUCCUGAUAACAAGUUGGACGCAAUUUCUAUUGAGAAUGAGCCUGAAAAUGUGCGUGAAUUGGAACCUGAUAUUGAUGCUAUGGCUUCAGUUGCAAGCCCUAGCAGCAACGGCUAUGCAGGUAGUAGCAGCACAAAGAGUGAUGGGAGCUUCAGUGGAAUUGAAGAGAUUGAUCGUGGUGGGACUGAACCAGAUAAUGGUGUUGAUGAAUUCUCAGAGAGUGCUUCAUGGGUUGCUGGAAAGAGACAUCUAAAUGAGGAUGAUGCUUCAAUUUCAUGGAGGAAAAGGAAGAAACACUUUUUUGUGUUAAGUCACUCUGGGAAGCCAAUAUAUUCCAGAUAUGGAGACGAACAUAAGCUAGCUGGAUUUUCUGCAACUUUGCAAGCUAUAAUUUCCUUUGUGGAAAAUGGAGGAGAUCGUGUCAAACUAGUUAGAGCUGGAAAACAUCAGGUAAUAUUUGUGGUGAAAGGUCCUAUAUAUUUGGUCUGCAUAAGCUGCACAGAGGAACCAUAUGUCGCUUUGAGGGGUCAAUUGGAGCUUAUCUAUGGUCAGAUGCUACUUAUAUUAACAAAGGCAGUGAAUAGAUGCUUUGAGAAGAAUCCUAAGUUCGAUAUGACACCUCUACUUGGAGGCACAGAAGCAGUCUUUUCCUCGCUUAUUCAUGCUUUUAGUUGGAAUCCUGCGACAUUUCUUCAUGCCUAUACAUGCCUUCCUCUUUCAUACUCUACAAGACAAGCGACAGGUGCUAUAUUGCAAGAUGUGGCUGACUCAGGUGUCCUAUUUGCCAUAUUGAUGUGCAAGCACAAGGUUAUCAGCCUUGUUGGUGCACAAAAGGCAUCCCUACAUCCAGAUGAUAUGCUUUUACUUUCCAAUUUUGUCUUGUCUUCUGAAUCUUUCAGGACCUCUGAGUCAUUUUCACCAAUUUGCCUACCCAGAUAUAACCCAAUGGCAUUCUUAUAUGCUUAUGUUCAUUAUCUCGAUGUAGAGAUGUACUUGAUAUUGCUCACAACUAAUUCAGAUGCCUUCUACCAUCUCAAGGAUUGCAGGAUUCAGAUUGAGAUGGUCCUUUUAAAGUCAAAUGUUCUCAGUGAAGUUCAGAGAUCCAUGCUAGAUGGUGGUUUACAUGUUGAGGACCUGCCUGUUGACCCCAGUCACCCUACCCUACGCUCUGGAUCUGGGUCUCCUCAUUUGGGGAUGCAGGACCAUGUUAUAGCUGGGUCUCCUAGGCAAGAAAAUGCGGGAAUUGGUGGUCCAGCUGGGCUUUGGCAUUUCAUAUAUCGAAGUAUAUAUCUUGAUCAGUAUGUGGCUUCAGAGUUUUCAUCACCUAUAAACAGUUGCAAACAACAGAAGAGAUUAUAUCGAGCUUAUCAAAGGCUGUAUGCUUCCAUGCAUGACAAGGAAGCUGGACCACAUAAAACACAGUUCAGGAAAGAUGAAGAUUAUGUUCUUUUAUGCUGGAUCACUCAAGAUUUUGAGCUUUAUGCUGCAUUUGAUCCACUAGCUGAGAAGGGUUUGGCCAUAAAUGUUUGCAAUAGGGUCUGUCAAUGGGUGAGAGAUCUUGAAAACGAGAUUUUUUUGUUGGGAGCAAGCCCCUUUUCAUGGUGAUCUUUUCAACUAUAUGUAUAUGAUUUGUAAGUUAUUCUAUAUGAAUCCCCACUUUGCCAAUUGUUUCAAACACAAUGGCAUGGAUUCAUCCGCCCCCGCCCACUUAUGUCAACACCAGUCAAACGCACUGGAAAUAAACGCACUGUAGCUCCAUUUACUUACAAAUCCCACAUCUUGGUAAAAAACGAAUUCAUUCAGUUUAUUUGUUCUUUACAUAUUUUGAUUUAGUUGAGGAUGAGAAUUACUGUAUGAGACAAAGUUAUUGGUCACUCCAAAUAUAUGAGUUCCAUUUGUUGCA